AAAACCCCAAGAAGAAGAAGAAUAUUAAUGUGAUGUAGCUAAAUGUGCCAUAUUUACGCUAAGCUAGCCACAAGGCUAAUUUCAAUAUACUUUCAGCGCUGUGGGGAUAGGUCUGUCAAUGCAAGAUUAUUUCAGUAACAACUAAUAAUGUGAUGUGAUGCGGUACUACGGCGAAAAUGCCCUCAGUUAAAUAGGAACGAAAGUGCGUCGGAACCUUUGUGUUUAUUACGUUGAAGCGGUGGAAUGCUGCUUGCGCGUCCGACAAACAGAACGUAAACAAAUAAUUCAAACUGAUAGUCGACUGUAAACCUACAUGAUUUCAGUACUAACGCUAUGAUAUAUCUUUGUAGAUACACACAGCUUGUUGUUUAACAUUAUGCACUUUUAACGGUUGUUCCGAAUAGCAGUGAACACUUCGCGGACGCGUCCGUUCUCCGUUUGAAAAUGAUAUACCAUAUUCCCUCGAUCUACACAUCGGUGCGGUCCGUCUUGGCAAUCUGGCACCAGCUGAGGAAGGCUGAGAUCCCAGAGCUGGCCAAGUGCUCAGUGCUGAUGAGGGAGCGCAGCAGAGUGGAGGAAACAAUCUACGCCAUGCAGCGAGCAGGUGCAGGCAGCCUGCAGGUAAUCUCAGACUUUGAUAUGACACUGACCAGAUUUGCCCACAACGGAAAGAGAGUUCCCACCACGCACAACAUCCUGGAUAACCAAUUGUUGAUCGAUGAAGAUUGCACUAAAAAGCAAGUCCAUGCUGAUACAUCCUUUGCAGGAGGUCUGUAUAUAUGUUCAGUAUGUUUUGUUGUUCCACUGCAGAUGAGGGAGUUGUUGAACACCUACUAUCCCAUAGAGAUUGAUGCUAGCAGGACUGCAGAAGAAAAGCUGCCUCUCAUGGUGGAGUGGUGGACUAAAGUACAUGAGCUGCUGAUUCAGCAGAGGAUCAGGAAGGACAUGCUGGCCCAGGCUGUCAGGGAAUCCAGCGCUAUGCUCAGGGACGGCUACAAAGUGUUUUUUGACCGUCUGACGGAGCAGCAGGUCCCUCUGUUGAUCUUCUCGGCUGGUGUUGGAGAUGUCUUGGAGGAGGUGAUUCGACAGAACCACGUCUUCCUUCCCAAUGUCCACAUCAUCUCCAACUACAUGGACUUUGACCAGACUGGGGUCCUGCGAGCCUUUAAAGGCCAACUGAUCCACACCUUCAACAAAAGGGAAGGUGCUCUGUCACAUGCAGCUGGCCUCAGGGCGCUCCAGGGUCGACCCAACGUGCUGCUGCUGGGAGACUCUUUAGGAGACCUAACCAUGGCUGACGGCGUGUCUGAGCACCAGAACAUCCUCACCAUUGGCUUCCUCAACGACCAGAAGAGAGAAAAGAGUCGUACAUCAACUCCUUUGACAUCGUACUGGUGAAGGACGAGACGAUGGACGUUCCCAACGCCAUCCUCAGAUACAUUACCUCAUCAAGAGACAGGAAGUAAGAGGCACACGGAGGGACUUCAUGACAACAUACACAGAUGGACUUGUUCACUCCGUUCACCAUGCUGCAUGCUGGACAAUUGCACAUCAUCACUUACCUCAAAUCCCAACUUGAAACUUUUUAUUAUUACACUCUCAGUGUUUUUACUGUAUAUCAAGGCCAUCCUACCAAAGUCCAGAUGUUAAAAGAUCUAAAUUAGGUCAUGCAUUUGCAACUUAGUUUAGAAGAAUCUGGGAUUUGUGUCAGUAUUGCAACUUCACAGACUAUUAGAGGGCUGGGUAAAACUCUUUUCUUCCUGCUGUUUAAUUUGUUUGAAGGAAUCCUCACAAUGUCUUGAUGAAAACUUUACCGACAGAAUGGCAAUGUACAACCAUAACAGAACUUAUUGCAGGGAUAAUUUAUAUGGUCUUGUUUCAAAUGCAUAAAAGAACAUAGUACAUUGCAGUACCAGCAGCCUCCCUCUGAAAACAAUUCAGCAACCUUUUAAAAAUAUCCAUAUAAAAAAUUACAGGGUGUAUUUCUAAAUGUCUGUCCUCUUUACAGCACAAACGCACAUUCUAAUUUUUACUUUGUUGGUUUACAGUGUGAGGAGGCUUUUAAAUAUCUUUUACAUUAAGCUUGCGUAUGAGCAAAGAUGUAAAACACUUUUUAUAAAUGUCUCUUUAUCUGCCAAUACUACAUAUUGAUGCUGUUCUGGUGUGUUUUGUGUACUGUAUAUUACAUUAUAAUGUAGUAUUAUUAGUUUACUUGCAGGGUGCAGCUAACUUGACAGUGAUGUUAUCGGUCUUGAAGCUACUGUAUUUAUUAAGAGCCAUUUUCUUUACCUGUGACAGUGAAGACAAACAUGUUAAUGCUAGCAUCAAACACAAUGCUACAGUAUUGCAGUAUACCUAAUGAGUAUUUUGUCUUACAACUGAAACACGGUGGCUGCUAGAAAUUAGGACUUAACAUUGAGCUAGUUGCACUUUACUGUAAGUGUCAGAGUAAAGAUUAAUAUGGACUAACUUGCAAGUGUGCUCUUCUCACCUUAAGGUAUAGUUCACAUUUUUAAAUCCUAGUGAAAGGAUUGUCCCUUGAAUUCCUUGAGUAUGUAAUAACCCUUGUCUCCAACAGAAAUUCCAUGUAAGUCAUACUAUACUAUAUGACUUAUAUAGACAUAAUAUAGGAUGACUUUUCAACAUACUAUACUUUGACUUUUAUUACUUAUUUC